AUGAGCCCGCUCUCAACACCAACAACUGUUGAUCACCAGAUCCGCGACCAUCGAGUCCCAACCAUGUCGUUCGAUAUCCCCCCUACGAUGCGCGCCUGGCAGUACUCACAGACCACUGGUGGCCUGGAACAGAACCUGGUGCUCAAGGACGAUGUUCACGUGCCCACCCUCUCGCCGCGUGUGGGCGACAACGAGCUGCUCAUCGAGGUUCUCAGCGCGAGCAUCAACCCUUCAGACUACAAGGUCGCCGAACUGCCCCUGAAUCUGGGCCGUGCUGUCGUCCGCACUCCGGCCACUCCCGCCUGGGACUUUUGCGGACGCGUCGUCAAGACCACCAAUACUGUCGACAACUUCCGUGUCGGCGAGAUUGUGUUUGGUCGUCAACCCCCUACUCAGCAGGGCGCUUGUGGUCAAUACAUCGUGGCUUCGGCAAAGGCUUGUGCUUCCUUGCCUUCGGGCGUCGACGUCGACGAAGCCGCCUCCAUCCCCUGCGCCGGAUUGACCGCCUACCAGACCAUUGCUCCCAAUGUCAAGCCUGGCGACAAGGUCUUCCUCAAUGGAGGUUCCGGUGGUGUUGGCUCCUUUGGCAUCCAAAUUGCAAAGGCUCUCGGCUGCCAUGUCACCGUCUCAUGCUCUGCCGCCAAAGCCGAACAGUGCAAGGCCCUGGGCGCCGACGAAAUCAUCGACUACACAGCUGUCGAUGUCUGCCAGGCCUUGCGAGAACGCGGUCAAGUCUUCAAGCUCGCCGUCGACAAUGUCGGUUUGCCGGCGGAACUGUACAAAGCCGGCGAUGACUAUCUCUUGCCCGAUGGAAAGUUCGUGCAGGUCGGCGGGCCUAUGUCCUUAGCUGCCGUGUCUUCGACAAUGUCCAGGCUGUUAAGACCCUCUUUUCUCGGUGGCGGAAAACGCAAGUUUCAGUUGUACACGUUGACGAGCGAUCAACACCAGGACUUGACGAUACUCGGCCAGAUGGUCGCAGAGGGCAAAGUCAAGCCUGUGAUUGAGCAUACCUAUGACUUUGAGGAUGUUCCGACAGCCUUCGGGGACCUCAGGAAGGGCAAGACGCACGGCAAGCUGGUCAUUCACGUUUCCGAUAAGAGGGCAUGA